GAUAUUCUUCUCCAUGCCCGGGCUUUUCAGGAGUUUUUUUUGAAGACAGGUUUAAAAGAGAGCGUUUAAAACAAUGGUAUUUAGGGAGUGAGUAUCGGUUGGGGGUGUUCGUGGCUGAAAACUCAGACACUGAUGGUAGGGCAGUCUUGAGUUGGAAGAGAGGGUAUGAACGGGAGAAGGGUUUUGGAGGAGAUUAGCAGCGUUGGGUUCCGCAUGGAUGCAGAGUUAAGGCGCGUUGGGGUGGGGGGGUGCAGGGAGCAGAGGUCUACGCACCUGCUAUACACGCACAAGACGUGUAACGUACCGGUUAGAGCACCCACCUCGCAAGCGAGAGGACCCGUGUUCAAUACCCGGGCGAAGCGAAACCUUUGGCAAGUUUCCUUCAUCCACACGCCUCUGUUUAUCUAGCACUGCACCAUGGCGAUGUUCAGGAGAAGCAUCAUAUCACUGAUUAGAACAACUGAAGUCCUCGGCCGAACCUUCAGUGCCUCGGCAGCCUGCUCGGCCCUUCAGAAAAUGACUCGUGUGCGGGUGGUGGACAACAGCUCCCUGGGCAACACCCCAUACCACCGGCCUCCCAAAUGCAUCCACGUGUACACCAAGAACGGUGUGGGUAAGGUGGGCGACAAGGUCCUGCUGGCCAUUAAAGGGCAGAAGAAGAAGGCCCUGAUUGUCGGCCAUCGCAUGCCGGGCACCCGCAUGACUGCCCGCUUUGACUCCAACAACGUAGUGUUAAUCGAAGAUAGCGGCAAUCCCACCGGGACACGCAUCAAGGUGCCGCUACCCAGUGAGCUCCGAAGCAAGGAGGGCGAGUAUUCCAAAGUGCUUGCCAUUGCUCAGAGAUUUGUCUGAGAGGAGGUGGGGGGAAGGGGGAAUUCAUCCCAAAACAAGAGUUUGAUAAACCUCACGUUCGUUACCGUGACUGCAACCUCUUCAACUGGGAAUUGCCGUCAUAGUGCAGUGACUGGACUUGUCAGAGCCUCUGGCCAGUGAACGUCUAUGUCUCUGGAUCUCUGCUCCAUUGUGUUGUGGGAACAUGACUAAACAGACCCACACUCUGUGUGGGAAGGUCCUAUUAUU